AUGGGAGAGGGUUUAGGGGGUUACAAGGAAUAUGUCGCCGGAAUGAUGGCUGGUCUCGCCACCGUCGCCGUUGGCCACCCUUUCGACACCGUCAAGGCAGCCGUGGAAAAGACCGAGGGGAAGAAACUGAUGACUGAAGAGGGCUUCGACAGCAAGAAAGGCGGCAGAUCCGCCGUCAUGAGAGCCAAGGACUACAAGAACAUCUUCAAGAAGAUGCCCUUUGUGGGGACGAGGUAUCCGGACCAGUCAGCUAUGGCAGAUAUCUGA